GGCUGGAGGGGGAGAGGCGGCAGAAGACAGGAGGGAGCCGCGCAGGAGGGCAAUGAUCACACAGCUGCAACGUGCUCGAAGCGCUUCAGCGCCGCCGUGAUUGGAUGCUUUCCGCGGCCACACAGGGCAAUUCUCUUCGCAGGGCGUUCCCCUCCCCUCUGCUGUCUGUUUGGGCUCUGAAAGCCUGGGUUUGGCAUCUGCGAGUGGAACUCCAAAAUGAAGGUGCAGGGAGAGAAGCAGGAAAGAUCCAACGGCAAUGAAGGCUCCACGGGGAAGAUGACACUGGUGCUCGCCUCGGUGGCACUGGUAUCUGCCUUUGGAUCUUCUUUCCAGUACGGCUACAACGUGUCUGUGAUCAACUCUCCAGCCCCGUACAUGCAGGACUUCUACAACCUGACCUACUCGAACAGGAAUGAUAAGCCUAUUGACAGUGCCUUCCUGACCUUGCUCUGGUCUCUUACUGUGUCCAUGUUCCCUCUGGGAGGCUUCUUUGGCUCCCUCAUGGUGUGGCCUUUAGUCAACAACUGUGGCCGAAAGGGCACUUUGCUGAUCAAUAACCUCCUCUCCAUUGCUGCUGCAAUCGUUAUGGGAACCUCAGAGAUAGCCAAAACCUUUGAAGUAAUCAUCGUUUCACGUGUUGUCAUGGGAAUAUUUGCUGGUCUGGCUUCCAACGUGGUUCCCAUGUUUCUUGGAGAAAUGGCCCCCAGAAAUCUGAGAGGUGCUAUUGGGGUAGUACCACAGCUCUUCAUCACUGUUGGGAUCCUUGUUGCUCAGAUCCUCGGUCUCAACAGCAUCCUUGGGAAUGCUGAAGGCUGGCCUGUGCUGCUGGGGCUCACUGGCAUCCCAUCACUCAUCCAGCUCCUUAUCUUGCCCUUUUUCCCUGAGAGUCCCAGGUACCUGCUGAUACAAAAGGGGAACGAAGAGCAAGCACGGAAAGCUCUGCAGAGGCUGAGGGGCAGGGAUGACGUGGAUGAUGAGAUAGAGGAAAUGCGCCAAGAGGACAGGUCAGAAAGGGAGGAAGGACAAUUCACUGUCCUCAGCCUGUGCACCUACAGAGGCCUGCGGUGGCAGCUCAUCUCCAUCAUCAUCAUGAUGAUGGGCCAGCAGCUCUCGGGAGUGAACGCGGUCUUCUACUACGCAGACAGAAUCUUCCAGUCAGCAGGCGUGGAAGAAAACAGUGUUCAGUAUGUCACUGUCUCGAUAGGUGCCAUCAACGUGGUCAUGACUUUGCUUGCUGUUUUCAUUGUGGAAUCCCUGGGGAGGAGAAUCCUUCUCCUUGCUGGCUUUGGAUUGUGCUGUGUCUCCUGUGCAGUGCUAACGUUAGCCCUCAAUCUCCAGAACACUGUCUCGUGGAUGUCUUACCUCAGCAUAGUCUGUGUCAUCCUCUACAUCAUCGGACACGCUAUUGGAGCCAGUCCAAUUCCCUUUGUGAUGAUCACGGAGAUGUUCCUGCAGUCGUCCCGGCCUGCAGCCUUCAUGGUGGGUGGGUCUGUGCACUGGCUCUCCAACUUCACCGUGGGCCUUGUGUUCCUCUACAUGGAGGCUGGACUGGGGCCCUACAGCUUCCUCAUCUUCUGUGCCAUCUGCCUUGCCACUGUAAUUUACAUCUUCUUCAUAGUUCCUGAGACAAAGAACAAAACCUUCAUGGAAAUCAACAAGAUUAUGGCCAAGAGGAACAAGGUGGAGAUUCAGGAAGAUAAAGAAGAGCUUAAGGAUUUCCACACUGUCUCAGGUGGGCAGGCAGAGAAGAAGUCAGUGUCCAGCAGUGAUCUGUGACCCAGCCCAGGGUUUGGCCUGGCCCAGACAUUUUUCACUGGAAGAACAAAUGCAUCAAUUCAUCAUUUGAUACUGAUCUUCAUUCAGACCUUCUGCAAGCUUCUGACAGCAGGACUUUGCCAUGUUAGCCUCUGUGUCUUGAGAUCUUUCUCUUUGUGAGUGGGUAAUUGGCAGGACCAUGCUGGUUGGUGGCAGAGCCACUGCCCAGGCAGAGCCUGCAUGGGAUUUGUCACAAGAAAAGGGCAAACGUCCUCAGGCAGCUCGGCUCCUGUGAUCUAGUAACCUGUGCCAUAAGGUGAUGUAUGCCCCUGGUGUCCUGAUUGACACAAGCAGCCUGCAGGCUGGGAUUUGUGCUGAGCAAGUAUCAGUCAUGGGUCCGGCGUGGGUGCUGCUCUGGGGUGAUCUGUCAGUUCUGUUUGUUGGGUGGGCUGAUAUUGGCUCCUCUCCUGUCAACUCCUGUGCUUUCCUACGCCUCAAAGAUCCUAAAGUGCAAAUGCUUGUCACUGUAAUCUCACCCCCACCAUGCUCACCCAACUCUCCUUCAAAUCAAACCUACUCCUCACUUUGUUGCUGAGUCCUUCCAAAGCCUUAUUCUUGAAGUUAAGAGUCAUCCAUCUGGCUGAUGUUUGUUCACAACCAAUUUACAGCCAUUUGCUCCAGUGGCACUCCAGUUCUUCAGCUGUUUAGGUCAUUUCCCUUCCUAGUGUUUAUGCUUCGGGUGCCAAAGAGCAGUAGUCCCUCUCUUAACCCUUUAAUAGCUCCCAUAUCACUUCUCUGGACCUAUGAGCCAGAUGAAGCUCCUUUGUCCCCUGGAGACAUAGGACAUUAAGCUCAGGAAGAACCUCCCUGCAGCCUUGCAGGAGUCCAGUUCAGGUUGAUUCCUGUGCAGUGGGCUGCAGGUUGGAGCCUGUGUUUGCAAACAUGCCCAAAAUUAUCUUCAGCUUCUCACAGUGAAUUGCUUAAAUUUAGGUUUGGAAACAACUCAGCUCUCUGGUACUUGAAAAAGUCUUCAGAAGCUUUAGAGCUUGGUCCUGUUACUGGUUUCUGGUUGUAUCCUCUAAGAGCAUCAUUCCACUGAAGGCUAAAUUAGUCUAAGGACUAGUGCUGACUCCUGGAAGAAGUGCACACUGAUUUUUAAAAGGAAAAAAAAUAUUGUUAAAGUAUUUAUUAGUUUAAAUGCUUUUGGGGUUAAUUGUGGCAUAAUUUAAUGUGGAAAAAAUAAAUCUAAUGAAUUGUUACAUGGA